UGACGUCACAAAGUUUGUUUUUCUUUUGAGUUCAGUGGCAGUCUGGGUGAUAAUGAGUUGGUUUUGAGGAACCUGUGCCGCAGUUAUGGCCAUUUCUGGAAAAUUCAAAGAAAUUCUUCAAAAACAGCUUUGUGGAUCCAUGUGCCGGAAAGUGUGGGCCUGAAGUCCGGAUGUCGCAGUCCUGCAAUCGAUGCGUCUGCCACCGAUGCCGCCCUCGAUCUACCGGAAAGUGCAGUUACAAGCAAGACAUUGCGGAAGGACAUGAGGCAUGUCUGGUGCGCGUGUGCGAUAUUCUGACCUUCGGAGCGCUGAAGCCUUUCCCCAAGUACAGUGGUCUAUACGUGCUUCAAAAGCCGGCCUACAUUUGUGAGGGCGACCUCACCGAGUGGGUCAAAUGCCUAAUCGCGGAGGCCAAACCGACGGGCGUUCCGGCCAAUAUUCUGGACGAGAUCAAGCGGCAGUGGUGA